UAAGCAACGGUUAAGAUCUAAUGCUUAACAUCUAACGGCCUAGAACGCCUCAUUUACUCUAUAUAUAAUCAGUCAUCCUAUUUCUCAUGUUUCCCUCUGUCCGCUGCUAGGGUUUUCUGUAGCAUUAGCAAAGAUGGUCUUACAAAACGAUAUUGACUUGUUAAACCCGCCGGCAGAGCUUGAGAAGAGGAAGCACAAGCUCAAACGUCUUGUUCAGUCACCCAACUCCUUCUUUAUGGAUGUGAAAUGUCAAGGUUGUUUUAACAUAACAACAGUUUUCAGCCACUCUCAAACAGUAGUGGUGUGUGGCAACUGCCAGACAGUUCUAUGCCAGCCCACCGGUGGCCGUGCUAGACUCACUGAGGGAUGCUCCUUUAGGAAAAAGGGUGAUUGAGUUGUACUCAAUGAUGCAACAAUUUCAUCAUCUUUUUGUUUGAUGUCUUGACAAUAGCAUAACCUUAUGUGUUAAAAUUUAUGCUAAUUGUAGUGGAUUCUUUUCCAUGCUUGAAAGAUUAUAUAAAGUUUCAUAAGUAAACGUUCUUGCUAGCA